AUGAAAACAGAGAACAUGCACCCUUCCCAUGAAACCCUGGCUGGAUCAAGUCCGAAUCACCUGUUGGGGAACAGGAAGCUGAUGGCCAUGGGAGCUAUGCUGGGAUGGCUGCUGAUGGUCCACUUGCUGGUCAACGUGUGGCUACUGUGUCUCCUGUCAGUAUUGCUGGUGGCACUGGGGGGCUGGGUGGGCUCACAGGCUAUGAUGGGGGUGACUGGCCGACUGCAUUUAGAGCGUUUCAUCACCCUGCCAAGUUGCCCUCCUAGCCCUGAAGCUGAAAGCCAACUGGACCAAGAGAUCAACCACACCAUUCAGAAGAUUAUUCGGGACUUUGUAUCUUCCUGGUACUGCACUGUAAGCAGUGAGCCAGCCUUCGAAGAGGAAGUACGGGCAGCAAUGAUGGGCAUGGCCCAGGAGCUCCGGAGAAGGAUGGGAAUGGUGAACAGGCAAGCUCUUACCCAAAGGGUUCUGACACUCUGUGGCUGCCACCUACAGAGUUACAUGAAAGCAAAGGAGGUCACAGGGAGGGUAGGUGCCCACGCUGAGCCAUCUCAACUUUGGGAAGCAUACUGUCAAGCCACUGCCUCCCACCCUGCUGUACAGAGUCCCUGUACAGAGGUGAACUAUGCCCGGGGCAUUGUGGAUCUGAUGCUCCAGGGAUUGGCACCCAAACCCCAUCUGGAGACCAGAACAGGGCGCUAUGUGGUAGUUGAGCUCAUCACAUGCAAUGUGCUUCUGCCCCUGAUUAGCAAGAUGUCAGAUCCAGAUUGGAUCCACCUUGUAUUGGUUGGUAUCUUUUCCAAGACCAAAGCAGGAACAACUGAAGAGGCUGAGUCAGUCUGCCCAGCAAAGCAACUAGACCAGCCCCCAGUGCCCAGGUCUUUGCCACUGACUAUUCCAGUGGAAAAGCUGCCUGAGGUGAGAAUUCCUUCUCCUGCAGGAGCCAUGACACUCCCAAAUUACAGUGGGUCAGAGGGGAUAGGGAGCCACUCCCCAGAGGUGGAAGAAGGCCAAGAGGCUCUAGAAGGAGACUUGAAUGUGGACUCAGAAGGCAAAAAGUCAGGAAAUAAUGCAUCCCACUUUCUGCAGCCAGAUAGCAGGGGCCCCCUGUUCUUGUGUGAAGACUCAGAAUUGGACUCACCCCUUUCCGAUCUGGGCAAAGAUACAGAUUCUAUCAUGCUCAUGACUCCUAGUGACUUUCUCACUGACAGGCUUCAGGAUGCCUUAACUGCCCUGGAGGGUGGUUCAGAGGCUCUGGAGUCAGAAGAAGGAGAGGGGCCUGAAGGUACAGAAACUGAGGAAGGUCCAGAGGCAGACACAAGCUUGUUGACCUCCAUGCUCAAGCCUUGCCCAGAAAUCCAGAUCAACUCAGUUGAGAAAGAUGAAGAACAAGACGACCUCAUGUCUCUUACAACUUUCCUGGAAGGGCAAGAGAGGACCUGUCUCCCUCGACCUUCAUGCCUAGAGAAGGAUCUCACCGAUGGUGUUAGUCCCCUGGACCCCAGCCUGCCCCAGGUUUUGCUUUCCUCCUCCCCCACAGGCCCCCUAAGCUCAGCUACCUUCAGCUUUGAGCCCCUCAGCAGUCCUGAUGGCCCAGUUGUCAUUCAAAACUUACGGAUCACUGGAACCAUCACAGCACGGGAGCACAGCGGAACCAGUUUCCACCCCUAUACUCUCUACACAGUGAAGUAUGAGACAGCCCUUGACAGUGAGAACAGCAGUGGCCUUCAGCAGGUGGCCUACCAUACUGUGAACCGUCGCUACCGGGAGUUCCUGAACCUGCAGACCAGACUGGAAGAGAAGCCGGACCUACGGAAAUUCAUCAAAAAUGUGAAGGGUCCCAAGAAGCUCUUUCCUGAUCUUCCAUUUGGAAACAUGGACAGUGACAGAGUAGAAGCCCGUAAGAGUCUUCUGGAGUCAUUCCUGAAGCAAUUGUGUGCCAUCCCUGAAAUUGCCAACAGUGAAGAAGUACAGGAGUUCCUGGCUCUCAACACAGAUGCUCGAAUAGCCUUUGUCAAGAAACCUUUCAUGGUCUCGAGAAUAGACAAGAUGGUAGUGAGUGCCAUUGUAGAUACCUUGAAGACAGCGUUUCCUCGCUCUGAACCCCAGAGCCCUACUGAAGAGCUGAGUGAAGCAGAGACAGACGGCAAGCCUCAGACAGAGGGCAAGAAGGCCAAUAAAUCUAGGCUAAGGUUUCCAUCUAGCAAAAUUGCUCCUGUAUUGAAUGUGGCUGAAUCACACGAGAAAGUCCUUUAUUGUCUUCGGGAAAGUAAUGUGGAGUCAGACAUCCUAUCCAUCUCUGGGAUGGAGUCAUUCAUUGAAAAGCAGAGCAGGUUCCUGGAAAUACAGGCAGAAGACACCUUGGAAAAGGAUUCUGAGCAGAAUCCCAAACAAUGUACAGAUGGUUGCAGUGGGAAGCCCUCAGAUAAUGUUCCUUCACUUCCUGAUGAAAGCAACAGUGACCAAGAGGCAGAGACAGGAUUAGCUGACACAGCCCUGGACCUCCUUCUCUUGCUGAUGAUGGAACAGUGGAGAUGGCUAUGUACUGAGAACAUGCAGAAAGCCCUUCGUCUUCUCUUCGGAACCCUGAUACAGAGGUGGCUCGAGGUCCAGGUAGCGAAUCUGACCUGCCCCCAGCGCUGGGUCCAGUAUCUCCGGCUCCUGCAGGAGUCCAUCUGGCCAGGGGGCACUUUGCCAGUGCUGCCGAAGCCCCUGAGAACACAGAAACAGAAGGAGGCGACUGAGGAGCAAGCUCUGCAAAGCCUGAUGGGAGUGCUGCCAGACUUGGUUGUGGAAAUCCUGGGAGCAAGCAAGUGCCGCCUAAGCUGGGGUUUGGUCCUGGAAUCUCUGCAACAACCCCUCAUCAACAGGCACUUAAUUUACUGCCUCUGGGACAUCAUCCUGGAGUUUCUGGAUCUCAGUGCCUCAGCUGAGGAGUCUGCCACGACCACUCCUGCUCCAGACACACCAGGUAACUCCAGGAGGAUGGGAGUCUCCCCUUAACUGCUGAGCUCUCCUUACAGACAUUGUGGAGAAUACAAGAGAAAGGAGAACGAGUUUCCAAAUGGUUACAUUCCGGAUAUCUCAGCUCCCUGGGAACCAGGAUGAGAAGCCUAUGCUCCCAGCAAUCAUAUGAUGAAAACAAGAGUGAAGAGAAAGCCUUG